AUUUGGAGAAACCCAGGGCUAAAGUCACGUUUUUCCUCCUUUAAGACUUCCCUCAACACUUCACUCCAUGGCAGUUCCCGAGACCCGCCCUAACCACACUAUUUAUAUCAACAACCUCAAUGAGAAGAUCAAGAAGGAUGAGCUAAAAAAGUCCCUGUACGCCAUCUUCUCCCAGUUUGGCCAGAUCCUGGAUAUCCUGGUAUCACGGAGCCUGAAGAUGAGGGGCCAGGCCUUUGUCAUCUUCAAGGAGGUCAGCAGCGCCACCAAUGCCCUGCGCUCCAUGCAGGGUUUCCCUUUCUAUGACAAGCCUAUGCGUAUCCAGUAUGCCAAGACCGACUCAGAUAUCAUUGCCAAGAUGAAAGGCACCUUCGUGGAGCGGGACCGCAAGCGGGAGAAGAGGAAGCCCAAGAGCCAGGAGACCCCGGCCACCAAGAAGGCUGUGCAAGGCGGGGGAGCCGCCCCUGUGGUGGGGGCCGUCCAGGGGCCUGUCCCGGGCAUGCCGCCAAUGACUCAGGCGCCCCGCAUUAUGCACCACUUGCCGGGCCAGCCGCCCUACAUGCCGCCCCCUGGUAUGAUCCCCCCGCCAGGCCUUGCACCUGGCCAGAUCCCACCAGGGGCCAUGCCCCCGCAGCAGCUUAUGCCAGGACAGAUGCCCCCUGCCCAGCCUCUUUCUGAGAAUCCACCGAAUCACAUCUUGUUCCUCACCAACCUGCCAGAGGAGACCAACGAGCUCAUGCUGUCCAUGCUUUUCAAUCAGUUCCCUGGCUUCAAGGAGGUCCGUCUGGUCCCCGGGCGGCAUGACAUCGCCUUCGUGGAGUUUGACAAUGAGGUACAGGCAGGGGCAGCCCGCGAUGCCCUGCAGGGCUUUAAGAUCACGCAGAACAACGCCAUGAAGAUCUCCUUUGCCAAGAAGUAGCACCUUUUCCCCCCAUGCCUGCCCCUUCCCCCGUUCUGGGGCCACCCCUUUCUCCCUUGGCUCAGCCCCCUGAAGGUAAGUCCCCCCUUGGGGGCCUUCUUGGAGCCGUGUGUGAGUGAGUGGUCGCCACACAGCAUUGUACCCAGAGUCUGUCCCCAGACAUUGCACCUGGCGCUGUUAGGCCGGAAUUAAAGUGGUUUUUUGAGGUUUGGUUUUUCACAA